AUGGCUUCCAUAUCAUUGAGCUCAGCCACAGAACUGACAAAAUCGGAAACCGCGAAGGAGAUGUCGACUAUAGUCAGUCCUUCACCAAGCAUCACCAAACCGCCUAAUGCUGCGGCCUUUGGAGGUGUUGAUGAUCACCAAGUGCAGGGAACGCCGACUUCCAGCAAGGGCUCGAGGUACUACUAUAACAAAGCCAAUAUACCAUAUAACAUUUGUCCAUCGGUGGGCACCGUAAAGCUACAUUUCUGGCCUACAGGGGCAGCCACUCUGAAUCACAACCUUCGUGCCAGGCCUGGGAAGCAUUUCUCUCUCAUUGUCCGGGGUAAUUAUGAGUAA